AUGGUUGAUGAACCAUUUAUAGUUGAUGAACCACUUAAAGCUGAUGAACCACUUUUAAUUGAUGGACCAGUUAAAGUUGAUGAAUCACUAUUAGUUGAUGGACCACUUAUAGUUGAUGGACCACUUACUGUUGACGGAUCUUUUAUAGUAAAUGAACCAUUUAUAGUUAAGGAACCACUUAUAGUUGAUGGACCACUUACAGUUGAUGGGCAAUACAUGGUUGAUGGACCAUUUAAAGUUGAUGAACAACUUAUGGUUGAUGAACCCCUUUUCGUUGAUGGCCAACUUAUAUUUGAUGGACCAUUUAUAGUUGAUGGACCACUUACAGUUGAUAGACCAUUUAUAAUUGAUGAACCAUUUAUAGUUGAUGGACCACUUAUAGUUGAUAAACCAAUUUUGGUUGAUGGACCAUUUAUAGUUGAUGGACAGUUUAUAGUUGCAUUUGAUGGACCGUUUAUAGUUGAAGGAACAUUUAUAGUUGAUGAACCACUUUUGGUUGAUGGACCAUUUAUAGUUGAUGGACCAAUUUUAGUUGAUGCACCAUUUAUAGUCGAUGGACUAUUUAUAGUUGAUGAAUCAUUUAUAGUUGAUGAACCAUUAUAG